GUUGGAUUGGUUGGUUGUCAGAUAUUGCCCAAGCCCUGCUCUCCUGCUAGCCGUUUUCUUUAACUUCUCUCCCAAAGAUGCCCCAUCCAUCAUCAUACUCAUACAUUACAUUAUCACUUACACACACCUUUCCUCUCUCUCUCUCUCUCUCUCCCCCACCUUAUAUACAUUUCUUUCCCUGUACUUUUUUAGAGAGAGAGAGAGAGAGAGAGAAAGAAAUACACACAGAAAAGCACUAAUCAUCAGACAGAUAGAGAGAGCGAUAGAAUCAAUGGGAUCGUCUUCAGGUCAGAGCAGUAACUACGAUCUCUCUUUCAAGAUCUUAUUGAUCGGAGAUUCUGCCGUUGGCAAAAGUAGUCUUCUUGUCAGCUUCAUCUCCAACUCUGUCGAAGAUCUUUCUCCCACCAUUGGUGUGGAUUUUAAAAUCAAGCUGCUCACAGUCGGUGGGAAGAAGUUGAAGCUCACAAUUUGGGACACUGCUGGACAGGAGAGGUUCAGAACAUUAACUAGCUCUUAUUACAGAGGUGCCCAAGGGAUUAUUCUAGUUUAUGAUGUUACUCGGAGGGAGACCUUUACAAACUUAUCUGAAGUAUGGGCUAAAGAAGUAGAACUCUACUCGAAUAAUCAGCACUGUGUCAAGAUGCUUGUUGGAAAUAAAGUUGAUAUUGAUUCUGAAAGGGUUGUAAGUAGAGAGGAGGGAACUGCACUAGCUAAAGAGCUUGGAUGUUUGUUUCUUGAAUGUAGUGCUAAAACUAGGGAAAAUGUGGAGCAAUGCUUUGAAGAACUUGCAUUAAAGAUAAUGGAGGUUCCUAGUCUCUUGGAAGAAGGAUCUAGUCUAGUGAAGAGAAACAUUUUAAAACAGAAACCGGAAUACCAAGCACCUCCAAAUGGUGGUUGUUGCUCUUAAAAAAAAAGAUUCAGAUAUCAAGAACAGAUCAUCAUGUACAUGUUAAUUUCUGUUCUAGUGUCUUACACUUGUUCUUGUCAUUGAAUUGAGUAAUUACAUGUACCUUUGAGAAUGGAAUAUUGGCACUCAGAUAACAUAUAUUACCUUGUGUAAA